AUGUACAAAAUCGCCCUAAUCCAGCUCUCCCCAGAGCCCCAUAGCCUAACCACCAACCACGAGCGAGCAACAACCUACAUCCGCGCCGCCGCAGCCUCAGGUGCCCACCUCGCCAUCCUCCCCGAAUUCCACCUCGCAGACUUCCACCCAACCCACGACCCCUCCAUCCGCAACCGCUGCACAGACUACAAAACCUACCUCUCCGCCUAUAGCGCCCUCGCAAAGGAACUAAACAUCAACAUCGUCCCCGGCACCCUCGCCGAACUCCACACCGACAGCCUCACCGGCACUCAAAAACUCCUGAACGUAGCCUAUUUCAUCUCUUCAACGGGGGAGAUCCUGCACCGCUACGAGAAAAAGAACAUCUGGAUUCCCGAGCGGGAAUUCGUGGACCGCGGCGACACGGGCCGCCAUAUCGCAUUCAAUACACCGCUGGGAAAGGUUGGGUUGCUUAUAUGCUGGGAUUUGGCGUUUCCGGAGGCGUUCCGGGAGUUGGUGAUGCAGGGGGCGAGAAUGGUGAUUGUUCCUGCGUAUUGGAAGUUGAGUGAUGCUGGGGCUGUGGGGAUGGGGAGGAAUCCUGAGAGUGAGAAGGUGUUUGUUGAUGCGGCGGUUGUGAGUCGGGCAUUUGAGAAUACUUGUGCGGUUGUGUUUUGUAAUGUCGGGGGGGCUAGGCAGGAGGGGUUUGCGGGGUGUUCGCAGGUUGCGGUGCCGUUUUUGGGUUGUGUGGGGAGGGUGGAGGGGCCCGAGGAGGGGAUGAAGAUUGUGGAGGUUGAUAUGGGGGUUUUGGAUGAGGCGGAGGGGGUUUAUAGGGUGCGCGAGGAUUUGGCGAGGGAGGAUUGGCAUUAUGGAUAUUGUCGGUGA